UACAACGGCAGCAGAGCAAAACCAGACUUCUUCAAGAACAAGCACAUCCGAGCCCAUCCCGAUGGAAGGGGAGACAGUACCAGCGAGCAGGAGAGCAGCCAGCAAAGCCACGCGGAUUGCCCUCGGCGUGUUUGUGGCUGGCACCGUUGCACUUGGCACCAUACUUUUUUGGUUAGCCAAGGUCUCAUAAAAUUUCAUCCAAAGCAACAGUACUGUUUGACUGCAGAAUGCAUUGAAGCUGCUGCUGCUGUCUUAAGCAAGAUAAAUCAAUCUGUAGAUCCUUGUGACAACUUUUAUCGAUUUGCAUGUGAUGGCUGGAUAUAUAACAACCCUAUUCCCGAAGACAUGUCAAACUAUGGUGUAUAUCCUUGGCUGCGACACAAUGUGGACCUCAAACUGAAGGCAUUGCUUGAGAAACCGAUCAGCAAAAGACAGGACAGUGAAGCUGUACAGAAGGCCAAGAUCCUUUAUGCAUCCUGUAUGAAUGAGAAUAAAAUUGAAAAAGCUGACGUGAAACCACUGUUAAGCAUUCUGAGGCAUUCCCCUUUCCGCUGGCCUGUACUGGAAUCCAACAUUGGACCAGAGGGGCUGUGGUCAGAGAGGAGGUUUAGCUUAGUGCAGACCCUGGCAACACUUCGUGGUCAAUACAGCAACUCUGUCUUCAUCCGUUUAUAUGUGGCUGCUGAUGACAAAGUCUCCAACCGCUAUAUCCUGAAGCUAGAUCAAGCAAGCCUAUCUCUCUCAUCUCGAGAGGAUUACCUAGAAAACACCACAGAAGCUAAAUCUUACCGAGAUACCUUUUUGCAGUUCAUGGUUGACACAGCAGUGCUUCUGGGUGCAAAUGCUUCACGAGCUGAGUCUGAUAUGAAGUCAGUCCUAAAGCUGGAAGUUAAAAUAGCCGAGAUCAUGAUUCCAUAUGAAAAUCGAACGAGUGAGGUGAUGUACAAUAAAAUGAACAUAUCAGAGCUUAGUGCCAUGAUUCCACAGUUUGACUGGCUGGGAUACAUCAAGAAGGUGAUUGACACCAAGCUCUACCCUGAGCUCAAAGAUAUAGGUCCUUCAGAAAAUGUGAUUGUCCGUGUUCCCCAGUACUUCAAAGAUUUAUUCAGGAUCCUUGAAAAUGAAAGGAAAAAGUAAGGCUACAAAUUUAUG